AUGACGCCCAAACUUCCUAAUGAACUAAUUCUCGAAAUACUUAGUGUUCUAUUUCGAGAUACUAGAGAUUUUAAACAAUUAAUCAAGCUGCGAAUGAUAAAUAAACAAUGGAAUUCAAUUAUUCCGGUUGUUAUUAAUGAUAAAUUACAACGUAAUCAUGCUGAUAAAUAUACUGUUGAAGUUUCGUGGGGAAAUCACAAGUGGUCAGAAUACGUCCUUAAACAACUACGAGUAAAGCCACCCAUAUUACCAACCUAUUUACCUUCACAAAACAUUGUUUACUUCAAUUUCGAACUUGCGCCGAUAUCUUUUAAUGUUAGAGAUAUUAAAGAGUUUAAAUUUUAUUUGUUUUGGAAUUAUCAACCUGUUGAUAAGCACUUUCCUGUUAAUAUCCAAGAAGCCGGAAUAAGAAAGUCUGAAAUAAGGACCAUUAAUGACAAUAGGAAUGAAUUGUGUAUUAAAUGCGAAGAUGGUCAAAUUAGUUUAGUUGAUUGGAGAAUUAAUGCAUGUUCUAUCUUUGAAGUUUUCGAGCUUAUUAUUUAA